AAUACCCUAGCUCUUUGAGAGAAGGCAUCAGAGAAGUUGAGACCUAUCAUCUGUAACGUUCUUCUGGAUACCCGAUACUUUGUAGCUGCUGUUUCGCAUGCUGAAGUGUUAGUACUUAUUGCAUUUCUGUAAGCAAGAAAUGGUUUUCAUCACCGGGAUCUGUCUGCUUUCCCUGAUUCAUGCCUGUCGAGUGGUCUCAGCUGCUCAAGAUGGAGACAUGAGGUUGGCCGAUGGAAACAGCACAGCGGAAGGCAGGGUGGAAAUUUACUACGGUGGAAGAUGGGGGACAGUCUGUGAUGAUGAAUGGGAUAUUAAGGACGCAUCGGUAGUCUGCCGUGCUUUGGGGUUCUCUGGGGCCAUCAGAGCUACAAGAGGAGGCUUUUUCCCUCAAGGAUAUGGUCCCAUCUUACUGGAUGAGUUAAGGUGCACAGGAAACGAGACUUCUUUGGCCAACUGUGCUUUCAAAGCUUGGGGUGUCACUGAUUGUGACCACAGCGAAGAUGCUGGUGUGGUCUGUGCUCCAGAGGAAGACGAAGGAAAUUUCACAACCUACACCCUGGAUAAUUCUUGUGAAAUCGGUCAAAACCUGAGAGCGCUCUUUGACAGUCAGAAGAACUGCGACCACUUUAUCACGGUGACAAACAAAGAUGGACUUCCUCAGCCCAAGGAAAUUUGCACUCACCGACUCAUAUUAAUGCUAAAUCCAGAGGCUAAGUUCCUGCUGGCUGGAGAGGGCAAUAGAUUUACCCUAAGCUUACAAGAUGAGUGUAUUCCACAAGCCAAGAAGUUUAUCAGGUAUCUAUAUACACAAAAAAUCAAAGUAACCCUGUCCUCCUUGAAGUGUAUCCACCAAAUGGCUUCAACAUACAAGGUGACAAGUCUGAAAGAAUACACUGCUUCAUUCUUUUCCAUCUUGAUCACAGAGGAUUCCUCCUUCCGAAAACAGAUAGAACUGCUUAAAUAUGCAGAGUCCAGUGAUGACUUCAAACUUCGGGACAUUUGUCUACGAUAUCUUGCUUGGAAUUUUGAGGCCUUCUCUGAGUCCAUUGCAUGGAGCGAUCUAACGGCUGGACAGCUACAAUCCCUCCUUUCCAGGUCAGACUUGGUUAUUAAGAGUGAGAUAGUCCUCUUUGAAACUCUGCAGAAUUGGGUAUCUAACAAUAAUAUAGAAGGAAACCUGCUUAAUGAGCUUAUUGCAGAAAUACGGUUCCCCAUGAUGACCCCUGAAGAUCUCCUCCAGAUCCAGUUUAAUACGUCCAUUUUUGAAAAGAAUAAAUUCGACUUCCAGGAUAAAAUAAUUCAAGCGUUAAUGUUCCACACAAUAUCUUACCAGGUCCUUAGCAGCUACAUUAACCUCUCUUUAGAUGCUUACACGCCCAGGAUCUACACCUCUACAACAUGGAGUUCACGGGUAUAUGCAACUCCAUAUUAUGGAUACAAUAACCAAUACUUCAAUACUCCAACACACACUACUUUUCAAUCCACAUCACAAAUGAUCCAGUGGAGUGUUAUUUAUAUCUCUAAUAUACAAACCUGCUACAACUAUGGGCUACCUUGCUCUAAUUAUGUGUUGCCCUUAUUCAGGCUCACUGGAAAUAGCAAUUACCCUUACACUGAUUACCGGAAUGUUAUACUGCUGAAAUGCGGUGACACAAUUAUUACAGGGAUGCAGGAGUUCAGUAACCAAGUUGCCCCAGAUCCAGUUGCUCAGAAUAGCACCAGCUUCUCAUGUUCCUCCAGUUCCAACACAUACAUGGUAGUAAUCCGUCCCAUUUACAAACCGAGCUGAAUAAACUCUUUAUGAUGCCUCAUUUAUCUGAACCAUUAACAACUCCUACUUUCCCCGAAACCUGUUCUCAUCUCCUUAAUGUUUGGAUUUAACUCUCACGCACUUUUAGGUAGUUCCGAUCCAUGGGUCUUCAUUUACCAAACACAAGGAUUCCCCAAACAUAAAUUCCUAGUCAUCAAAGCAUAGAGAGACGCCACGAUUUAGCAAAUGACAUUAUGGUAAUAUACUCAACAUUUACUCUACAACGUGGGAAGACCUAAUGCUCCUUACUACAUGGUUAUCAGCUGAGACUAUCCAUCAAAACACCAUUGUUGGUCAGUUUGGGCAGCCUUUCUCAGGGUAAGGUGAGGAGGAGAAGACAGAGAACGUUAAGGCAGGUAAUUGAUAAUGCUAGUUUGGCCUCAUUCGUGGUUUUAAUUUCUGCAGUUUAUGCAAAGUGCUAAGGAGUGAGUCAGUCCUACUCCUUUCAACGGCAACAUAAAAGGAACCCUGUGUAUUCUUCUGUCUGUUAUAGCCACCUAGUAUAGCAAUGUCCUAACUCGACCUUGUUUUCAUAUGUCUGCAAUGUACUGUAAAAUAUUGGAUAUAUUACCAAACUUUUCUAUUUUUUUUUUCUACAUUAAAAAGUUUCAUUUAAAAAAA